CUUUUCUACAAGCCGUUGCUUAGUUUGGCAUUGCCAGCUAUUGUGGAAUGUUCCUUAAGUUGGCGGCUCUCUUCGUUCUCUUCGGCCUCCUCCAGAGAUGUCCAUCUUCAGCCUCAAAUGCGUUUGGCUUUGCCGGCCAUGCUGAUGCAAGGGUACAGUCACAGCGGGAGAAGGUGAAGGAGAUGAUGAAGUUCGCCUGGGAUGGAUACGCGCAGCAUGCGUGGGAGCACAACGAGCUGAACUCAAUGAGGGGAGCACCCCACAACGACAGCAUCAUGGGCCAGCACAAGAUUGGACUGAGCAUCGUGGACAGUCUGGACACACUGUAUAUAAUGGACCUGCAGGAGGAGUACAAUCGAGGCUAUAGUUGGGUGCGGGAGAACUUCAGCCUGGACCAUGUGGACGAGUAUCUGUCCGUGUCCGAGUUGAACGUUCACUUCGUUGGCGGUCUCCUCUCGAUGUACGCCUUCACGGGCGAUGCGCUGUUCCAGUCGAAGGCUGAAGAUGUGGUAAAGAAGCUGCUGCCAGCCUUCACGUCAAUGGACUCUGACAUACCCCAGGCCAUGGUCAAUCCCAAAAGGGGAGUGGCUGGGCCAAAAUCCGGGGUCUACGAAUCCAUCUUAUCAGAGAUUGGUUCACUGCAUCUGGAGUUCAGCUACAUAACGGAGAUCACUGGGGUUCGCCAGUAUCGACACUGCGUGCACCAGCUCCGGGAUAGGCUGGAGCUCAUAUCGAAGCCGCGCAGUUUGUAUCCCGUUUACCUGAAUCCAAAAACUGCCGUCUGGGGGCCAUACAAAAUGACCAUGGGCACCAUGGGCGACAUUUUCUACGAGUAUUUGCUGAAGAACUGGCUGCGGUCGCGCAAGACACUCGCACAGUCCCGCGGCAUGUACCAGGCAGCUGUCAGCCGCAUUCUCGUCUAUCAAUUGGGACUGAGCUCAGCGGGAUUGACGUAUCUGGGCGAGCUGGCCAACUUCCAUGUGAUCCGGCGGAUGGAGCAUCGGACCUGCUUUGCCGGCGGACUGUUCGCGCUGGGAGCAUCCGCGUACUUCAACGACUCUAGGCUGGCUGAAAGGCACCUUCAGGUGGGCAAAGAUCUGGCACACACCUGCCAUGAGAGCUAUCGGCGCUCGCCCACAGGCCUGGGACCCGAGUCCUUUCAGUUCGACUCCUCGGCAGAGGAAGACGCCACCGCCCAGACCAGCGACCGGAAAGCCUUUCGCCUGCGCCCCGAGGUAGUGGAGACCUACUUCAUACUCUGGCGUCUGACCCACGACCAAAAGUACAGGGACUGGGGCUGGGAAGUGGUCGAGGCCCUGGAACGACAUUGCCGCACCAAAUUCGGCUACUCGGGUCUGGAAAAUGUGUACCUGCGGGAUGGACCCAGGGACGGGGUGCAACAAAGCUACUUCAUGGCUGAGACCCUCAAGUAUCUGUACCUCCUGUUCUCCAAUGACACGCUGCUGCCACUGGACGAGUGGGUCUUCAACACCGGAGGACACCCGCUCCCCAUUCGAUAUGUGAACAAGAUGUUUCGCGCUAAGAAAAAUGUGCCAGAAUAUCAUUUAGAGCUCAAUUGAGAUCCGAUCCGCACUGCUUCAUAAAUUGUUAAUAUAAUUGAAUAUGUCAAAAAAUUAACAAUUUGCACGCAAA